CGCUCCUCUAGGCACGCCUUGGUGAUCGAUACUCCUCGGGCAAGCCUCUGACUACUCGGAGACAGCCGGAGUAUUCGGUCCAGAAGGAAAAGUCGUCGCCGGCCUCCGACGACUCGACACUGUCCAAACUCGAGACAGCACUCAUCGGACUGAGCCGGCUGGGCUGAUGGCGGGGCCGGGUGCGCUCUGGGAGGCCCUCUGGGCACUCCUGCCCCGCACGAAAGAGGAGCUGAAGCUGGAGCUGGGAGAGAAGGUGGAGGGCAGCGUGGUGUUGCUGCUGCAGGAAGCCGCUGAGCUCUUCUACGGGGACAGGAGGCAAGAGUGUCUGCAGACCUGCGAGGCGCUGCUCGACUACUCCUGGGAGAAGCUCAACACAGGGCCCUGGCAGCACGUGGACAAGGGCUGGCGGCAGGUGUACUCCUUCAGCUGCCUCCUGAAAGCCGUGUGUCUGUGUGCGCCGCCGGGGGAUGCUGCCUCCGUGGCCGCCGCCCUGAAAGCCUGCGACAUGGGCCUGCUGAUGGGGGCGGCCAUCCUUGGGGACAUCCUCCUUAAAGUCACUGCCGUCCUCCAGAAGCACCUGCUCUCUGGAAAAAGGCCCGCCCCCGGCCCGAGCCAGGAGCCGCUUGGCAUAAAGAAAGCAAGGAAUGACCACGUUCCGAUUCCAGAUAUGACGUCAGAAAGCACGGUGCCCCGGCUUCACUGUCCAUCCCUCCAGUAUUUCAGGAAGCAGUUUUUGGAUCCAGGGAGGCCUGUGAUCUUGGAAGGUGUGGCCAACCACUGGCCGUGCAUGAAGAAGUGGAGUCUGGAGUACAUCCAAGAAAUCGCUGGCUGCCGCACCGUCCCAGUAGAGGUCGGUUCCAGGUACACGGACGAGGAGUGGUCCCAGACGCUCAUGACUGUCGAUGAGUUCAUCAGCAAGUACAUCAGGAAUGAGCCGAAGGACAUCGGGUACCUUGCUCAGCACCAGCUCUUUGACCAGAUCCCGGAGCUGAAGCAGGACAUCAGCAUCCCCGAUUACUGCUGCCUGGGUGCCGGGGAGGAAGAGGAGAUCACCAUCAACGCCUGGUUCGGUCCCCAAGGCACCAUCUCCCCGCUUCACCAGGAUCCCCAGCAGAACUUCCUAGCCCAGGUGAUGGGCAGGAAAUACAUCCGGCUGUACUCCCCGCAGGAGUCAGAGGCCCUGUAUCCUCAUGACACGCACCUUCUUCACAACACGAGCCAGGUUGACGUGGAGAAUCCCGACGUGGAGAAGUUCCCCAGGUUUGCCGAGGCCCCAUUCCUGUCCUGCAUCCUGUCUCCGGGAGAGAUCCUCUUCAUCCCGGUGAAGUACUGGCAUUACGUGCGGGCUCUGGACUUGAGCUUCUCGGUCAGCUUCUGGUGGUCGUAGCCCGAGAGGAGGGUGCCCGGCAAGCAGACGCGCUCGUGGUCACACAUCCUCCGCCCUGUGCCCGGCCCGGCCUGCGCCUAAGGACUCCCUCGCCUUGGCACACGCAGGGCAAGGGGUGCCCAGGCCAGUGUGGGCAGCAGAGGCAGGCGGGGGGGACCCCAAAGGGACAUUCCCGGCCCACAACCCACACAGAAGCUCCGGGGCUCUGAGGUUGGCUGCCUGGAUUCAAGCCUGGCCCUGUCGCUUAACCGCUGCGUGAUGUGGGGCAAGGAACUCCACUGUGUCUCCAUCUGGGGAACAGGGCGGCGGUAGUCCUCACCACAAAGGGCUCUGGGGACGCGGUGUGGGCAGAGCUGCGCUACAGACCUCAGCCACUGUCACCAGCCUUCCUGAUUGUAAA